AUGAUGCAGGCCCUGUUUGCUGGACGGUUGUCCCAUGGGUACCGGCCUUUGCGGUGCUGGACAUCUUCCGCUGCCCUUCGUGUCCCAAGGACGGUGGUUGCGCGACGAACAGCGACAACUAGGACGGUCAGCGAUUUAGAUGUCACCUCGCUCGAGACAGGGCAUAUUGAGCUGAAGGAGAAUGAAGGUUUAGUCUUCGUAAACAAUAUCUUCCCCCCAAAGCUACAAUGGCUGAUGCUGGGACCCCUCAGCGGGUUCCAAUCGUACGAGAAGGUGCUUAAGCGCAUCAAUCGUCCACACCUCGCAGCCUCGGACCCUCUGAAUAUCAUUCACAGGGUCUUCCCGGAGAGCUUGAAUCUCGAUAUCAGAGAAGUAAUCCCGCGGUUCCGCGAGGGCGGCGCUUUUGUAAAGUACGCCCGCAGUGCAGGCUCCACGGACGCGGAAAUUGAAGCCACCAUCAAGGGCCAUUUGGAGAAGAGCCCGAUCAGGCCGUGGUUUAACCCCUUCCAGCCGGCCACCGUGGCUCGAGUCGUGGGGAGGCCGUGGAUCGAGGAUCUAUAUCGUAUCCCUAGCCAGCAGCUGCGGGUUGAAUUUCUCCCGGGUACGACGGACGGCUCGGCAACAGAGCUGACCACCGAGGUGCUCUAUACGGGUUUCCGCCGAUACGGAAAAUUGAGAGAUAUCCAGCGCCAGCCGUCCGACUCGAAAAUUUCCCCCAGGUAUGCGCUGGUGGAGUUUGCUAGACCCAAAUAUGCCGUCAUGGCCAAGAACUGCAUGCAUGGCUUUACGAUCUCCGAGGAGGACGGUGGAGGCAAGUCGGGCACUCGGGUCAAGAUCAUGUACGAACGGAGGAUCAAGUUUUCAAUGAUCAAGGAUUGGUUGUUGAACCAUCCGCGUAUCGUCAUUCCCGCUGUUGCUGCUCUCAUUGCCGCCAUCACGGUGACGGUUUUCGACCCGAUUCGGACUUUCUUUAUUAAGAUGAAGAUCAAAGCGACUCUCCACACAGAAGGGAAUGCUGUUGUCCAGUGGGUUCGAAAGCAAGUCAGCAAAGCCAAUUUCAUCUAUUUCGGCCCGCACAAGUCUGACGUUCGCGGGCUCGCGGCAAUCUGGGAGGACCGCCAGGCCGAUAUUAAUCAGCUUCAGUCCUGGCUGACGGAGAACGCGGAAACUUUCAUUGUCAUCCACGGACCUCGUGGCUCCGGGAAGCGUGAGCUGGUGCUGGACCGAACUCUUCAGGACUACAGGUACAAGGUCGUGAUCGACUGCAAACAGAUCCAGGAUGCCAAAGGAGACAGCGCGAAAAUCGCGCGGGCAGCCAGUCAAGUCGGGUACCGUCCUGUGUUUUCUUGGAUGAAUAGCAUUAGCAGCUUUAUCGACCUAGCUGCACAGGGCAUGAUCGGAACAAAAGCGGGAUUCUCAGAAACCUUGGAUGCACAGCUCAGCAAUAUAUGGCAGAAUACUGCAACCGCGUUGAAGAGCAUUACGUUGGAGAACCGGAAGAAGAAUGACUUGGAUGCGCACCUGACUGAUGAGGAGUAUUUAGAAGCCCAUCCAGAAGCACGCCCCGUGGUGGUCAUCGACAAUUACUUGCACGGUGCUCCUGACGAUAAUGUGGUGUACGACAAGAUUACGGAGUGGGCUGCCGGUCUAACCAGCGGCAACAUCGCACAUGUCAUUUUUCUCACUACGGACGUAUCCUUCUCCAAGCCUCUUAGCAAGGCUCUGCCGAACUCAGUGUUCCGGACGAUCUCACUAGGCGACUGUUCUCUUGAUGUGGGUCGACGGUUUGUCCUUAGCCAUCUGGAACACCGAGGAGAGCGCGACAACAAGUGGAAACCCGAGGAACUGGCGGAUUUGGACAGCUGCAUUGAGGUGUUAGGCGGCAGGGUGACGGAUCUUGAGUUUAUGGCUCAUCGCAUCGAAGCCGGAGAAACUCCCCGGGCUGCUGUGAGUCGCAUAAUCGAGCAGUCGGUUUCUGAAAUCGUCAAAAUGUUCAUUUUGAGUCCGGUGGCCGACCAAUGGAGCCAUGAACAAGCGUGGUAUCUCAUCAAGACACUGGCGCACUCGGAGGCUGGUACGCUACCGUAUAAUCAGGUCCUUUUAUCUGACCUUUUCAAGUCGAAUGGCGACGCUACUCUCCGAGCUCUCGAGCAAGCGGAACUCAUCACCAUCAGUUCUGUGAACGGCUCCCCAGAGAGACUGAAGCCUGGCAGACCAGUUUACCACGCGGUGUUCAAGCGGUUGACCGAAAACAAGACAUUGAGCAGCCGACUAGAUCUGGAGAUCUUGAAUCAGCUCAUCAGCAAAGAAAACACAAGUAUUGGGAAGUACGAGGAGGAGCUCGCUGUGCUGGGCAGCCUUCCAAAGCAGCCACGGGAGCUUUCUUCCCGAAUCCAAUGGCUCCUGGACAAGGUCUACGCCUCACAGACGAAGGUCACCAAGUAUGAGGCUGAGAGGGUGAUCCUGCAGAAGAUCCUACGCAAGGCCUUCUGGGAUAACCUCCUGCAUGUAAAAUGGCUACCUCUAGCGCUAAUUCUCACUCUGGUCAGCGUGGCUAUUGUUACGCGACUUGCUAGUGGUUUCCACUCUCGCUCUGACAGGACAAGCGAGGUCAAAAUGGUCCCCUAUUGGAUUCCCUGGCUGGGACAUAGCUUGUCAUUUGCAGGGAACCAUGUGCGGUUUCUCGAAAAGGCGAGAGACUCUAUGAAAGAGCCCGUCUUUGGCAUCAUGGUGGGCGGCGCAAAGCACAAUGUUGUCAUGUCUCCGUCUAUGGUUAAGUCGGUGCUGUCGUUUCGGGGCACGGCGUCGGCUCCUCUGAUCAAUCAUGCCCUGGACAAAAUAUUCGGGGAUAAGGGUGCUCUGCAACGGCUCAGCCCCGCAGACCAUCAAGUGUUCUAUCAUAAUGUCCCUAACCAGUUUAUGCAUGAGCCGUUCCUCUCGGAGGGCUCGACGAUGGUGGCGCGUCUGGUUGAGCGCGAGACUCCGAAUUUAGUAACUUUCUGCCCUAGUGUUGUGGACCAGAUGCCCUGGGAGCGUCCGGCACAAGUCACGGUCCUUGAUGGGACGGACACGCCCGCCUGCGAAGUAAGCUUCUUUGCACUUAUUAGGGACUUUGUGGGCACUGUGACGACUUCCUCGCUAUUCGGCCAGGCAAUCCUAGAGGCCUUCCCAGGAUUGCUCGAGGAUGUCUGGAAGAUCGAUGAUAAUUUCACCACUCUAUCCAUGGGGCCACCUCGCUGGCUGACCCCGGGAAUCUCCGCGGCAUAUGCUUCGCGUGACCGACUGCUAGACAUGCUCGCAGUAUUCCACCAGGCAUUUCUGAUCUGGGAUGACGGCCGAGACCCUGGAAUGGAGUUCCGUGAUCUCGAGGAUAUCUCCGAGCCGAUCAAGAACCGAAUUCGAAUGUCGCGAGAGCUAGGGCUAUCGCCGAAGGCAAGUGCCCCAGGACACUUGGCCUUGCUUUGGGCGAUGAACGGGAACUCGCCGAAUAUCGUGUUCUACCAUCUGCUUCGGUUAUAUUCGGACCCUGCCUUGCUCAAAGACAUCCGGAGAGAAAUAGCACCUCACGUCAGGGUUUCUAGACCGACCGGGGACGAAACCGGGUUGUUCCCUAUCCCAGAAGCACCUAAGAUAUCCAUUGACAUCGAGAAACUGUCCGAUUCAUGCCACCUGCUCAAGGCCAGCUUUUACGAAUGCCUCCGCUUGGAUUCGGCAGGGCUUUCCUUCCGACAGCUCACCACCACCUCCGAUUUAACCCUCACCGAGACCGACGAGGAAGCCGCAGAUGCCGGUCGAUCGGGGCCGUCACGGUCCUACACCAUCAAGAAAGACGAGCUUCUCGUCGUCGCCCACGGUGUCCUCCACGCCGACCCGGGGCAGUUUUCUAACCCCACACAAUACGAUCCGCGCAGGUUCAUGCACCACACCGAUCCCAAGACCGGAACGAAACGCGCAAAGAUCGAUAGCAUCACGCCAUUCGGCGGCGGUAUGUCUGCCUGUAAAGGCCGGGCCUUUGCCGAGCGGAAAAUCCUCGCCUUGUCCGCUGCAAUUCUGUCCAUGUGGCAUGUUGAACCGGUCGAGGGGGGGGGAGAGUUCGACAUUCCAGGCCACAGAUUCUCCAGCGCUGCUUUCCUGCCUGAAAACGAUAUCCGGGUGCGAAUCACGCCACGUUUUCCUUGA